CGUUACGCGCAACCGUGGACGGAGAAAGCGGCAGUUAUCAGUCGUAUAUCGCUGGCGGCACGAGCGCUCUUCCAAGCGAGAGCGGAAGCGCGUUGUGACGCCGACACCUAGAGCCACUAGAGCGUCUAGAGCGUGCGCUAGGUUCGCAUCUGACCGUGUUAACCCAGCCAACCACCGACCCCGUGGUGAGGAAUCGGAGGCAGCCGACGUGCGACUCUGCAGCUGGACGUAGUUGGUUCUUUAUUCUAUGUGGACGUGUUAACGCUUGAGACGCGCUACCUGACUGAUACGACGUGCGCUUCUAAUUAGCGUUGUUUUCUUGCCGAUACAGUUUCACCACACGUUUUGAAGCAAGCAUGGCAAGCAGAAUGGAUGUCGACCAAGUGUUUCACAUUGUUGGCGAAGUCGGGGCACAGCAGAUCCUCUACUUUAUCUACACUGCUAUCCUCGGCGGGUUGUUUGUCAGCGGGGAGAUGCUGCAAAUUGUGUUCACCGGCGCGGCGCCGGAGUUUCAGUGCUGGAAUGGCUCAACACCUUCAUCGUCGGGCUGCGUGAACGACCGAUGCGAGCAUCCGCACUACACGUCGAGGUUUACGUCAAUAGCCACCGAGUGGAAUCUCAUCUGCCAUGAUGCAUACUUCGUGAAGAUGGUGCAAGCAGUCUUCAUGUCCGGCGUUAUGUCUGGUGCCUAUGUGUUUGGCUUCAUCUCUGACCAGUAUGGACGACGUCGUACACUACCAUUCGCUGCCAUCGCCAUGUCAGUCAUGACAUUCUUUGGGGCAUUUGCCCCAAGCCUGGCACUACAUGCCAUCUGCCGCUUCUUUGCUGGCAUGACCACGGCUGCUGUAGCGCUCGUUACAUUCGUGCUCAUGACAGAACUUGUUGGGCCAUCCAAGCGGGCACUGCUGGGCACACUAUUCCCAUGUGUCUUUGCUUUGGGCAUUGGACUGCAUGCUGCACUCGCCUAUUUCAUUCCCGACUGGCGCCACUACUCCAUCGCCACAGCACUCCUGAGUGCUCUCUUCGUACCCCUUGCACUGCUCCUGCCAGAAAGCCCGCGUUGGCUGCUUCUGCACGGUCAGCGAGCGAAGGCACGACAGGUCCUUGUGGACAUAGCAGUGCGCAACGGCAAGGUGCAUUGCCUGCCGCGUACCUGGGACUUGCAGGAACCCAAGGUGCACCACAAAGGCUCCAACCCGAUGCUGCUGUUCACUAGUCAGACCCUGCGUGCUCGAACUCUCAUCCAAAUCUUCCUUUGGUUAGUAAAUGGCAUCACCUACUACGCACUGACAAUGGCUGCCAGCAGCCUAGGUGGCGACCUUUACAUGAGCACGGCCCUGUCGGGCCUGAUCGAGCUACCGGGUUACCUGUUGUCAGCAUUCCUGCUCAGUUAUGUUGGCAGGCGGCGCUCGCUGUGUGCUGUGAUGCUGAUUGGCAGCGGGGCAAGCAUUGCAAUGCAGUUUUCAGAUCAGCUAAACUACAGCACUGCAGUGCGUGACAUUGUCUCACUCAGCGCCAAGAUGUGCAUUGCGAUGUCCUUUGCCAUGAUCUAUGUCUACUCAGCUGAGCUCAUGCCUACUAUUGUGAGGAAUGUUGGAAUGGGCAUUGUUUCCGUCGCAGCAAGAAUUGGCGGCAUAAUCUCUCCAUUUGUCAGCUUGCUGGACAGUUUGAUUCCUGGUCUGCAGUUCACCGUUCUUGGCGCCAUGAUGCUUGUCUCAGGCCUAUCUGCUCUCGCACUGCCAGAGACAGGGGGCCACCACUUGCCCGAGACCAUAGAGGAAAUCGAGGAUGAAGAUAAACGCCCACUUCUGCCGCCGACAGCAUCAGGUGUCUUCACCCGAGAGUCCGUGGAUGAAGGGAUUGUGGAAUUAUCUAGCAGUUCUGAAGACGAGUUGUACUCUGUACACCAGCGGCCACCCGUUGCUUACGGAUCGUAGUAGGAAAUAGCAGAAGCAGUCAUAUGAACUUUGCCUCACAGCAUCGGAGGUCUUGGUUUCAGCAUUGGCAUGCUGAGAACCCCUUGCAUGCACCAAGUGAAAAACCGGCCAUAUGCAAAGGCUGUGUUGGUGAUUCACAUGCCACCAUUGAGAUUCUUCAAUGCCUGAAAGGUGGUUACGACCAUAAGCUGCUGACUGGGUGUAGUUUUACACUGGUCACCUGUAGGCAUUCAGUGUUUUUUGGGAAGCCACAAGUGUUGUGUGCAGAAAACAAUGGAUCAAGAUACUGUGGGGUUUGCACAUUCCACCACCACCACCACUAUUUCUUUUUCCAUAGGUGAUGCUUCCAGCAGCACCUGACUGAGUCUGGUCACCUAGAGAGCUUUAGUUAUGAUAUACCACUUACGUUGUACAUGAUGGAACUGCAGACAAAGGUGUUGUCGAAACUGAAUAUGUG